CCCGCCAGCAGGUGCCAGGAGUGAGCGGCGCGCGCGCAUUUCCUCACGGAAGUAGCGGUGACGUGAUCGCGCUGCUGUGUCUCUGCUGUGGCGCUGUGAAAGCGGAGGCCAUGGUGUUCAAUCUCUGCCUGCCACACUUUCAGACCUCCAUUCACUGCAACAAGCUGUGUGCCGAUGGCUACGACGUGUCCAACCUUCUCUCCGAGGAUCUGAAUGUUCGCCGGAGAGGAUUUAAGCUGGAGUACUUCCUGCGGCCGCCCGUGCAUGUCACACUGAACUUCCAGGUGCAAAUGGAGGUGUGUCGGCUGGACGUGGAGCUGUGGCCGUGGGGAAUGGAUCAGGGCCGGAGCUCCCGGAGGAUUGAGAUCCUCACAAGUUCAGAAAAAAGCGGCGAGAACUUCCAGCUGGUGUCUCGAUGUGAUCUGAAAGAAGAGAUUCAUCUUUCUUUCACGCAUCCCUUCUUUAAAUCUCGUCCUCCAUUCUGUGAUCCUCCUCCGCCUUUUGUUGGCGAAUCUAAAGAGUUUUGGAGCCCCAGAUCUCUAUCAUCCGUCGCUCAACUACGCAUCAGUAUUCCCUACAGCGGAGCUGCGUCUGCGCUCGGAUUUCGCUCUCUUUCCAUCUGGGCUUUGCCUUCUCGAUGCUGUAGUGAAUCUGAACUCAAAAAAAUCCAUCAAGCACAUCUAAACACGCUCAAAAUAAACCCAACAACCCCGAUUGCCACUAAAUCAGAAUCAUUUCAGACUGAUUCUCCAACUCCAGAAGAGUUCCUAGAUCCAUUGACGCAGGAACUAAUGGUUCUCCCUAUGAUUUUACCCAGUGGCAUGAUAAUCGAUCAGAGUACUUUGGAGGAGUACGAGAAAAGAGAGGCGACAUGGGGUCGACUGCCGAAUGACCCGUUUACCGGCGUUCCCUUCACACCGAGCUCCAAACCUCUCCCGAACCCGCUAUUGAAGAGCCGCAUUGACCGUCUGCUCCUGCAAACGGGACACACAGCCGUCGGGAGCAGGAAUAAUACACUAAAUAAACCACAGCCGUCCAGACUGAUGUCUCACAGUGUCACAGACUCCAAUGAAACACACAGAAUGCAGUCUGAACGUGUUUUAGAGACACAGAGACAGAGAUGUUCGGCUAAAAGAAAGCGGGAGUUCAGCUCUCCAUCCACCAGCGCUGAUGCUGAUCACCCUCCAUUGAGGAAAACACUCCACACGCACACAGAGUCGGAUUCUCAUGAGCGGAGGUUAGCAGACAGUUUAGAUCAAGCUCUGAACGCUGCACUUGAUGGCUUACCAGUGUUCACUACACAGAGCAGAAGCACUGCAGACAUUGAGAACACCUCCACUGGUGGACAGACGUGUGUUUUCUGCUCGUGUUCACUGACGGUUUAUUCCUCCAGCGUGCCAUCAUAUUCUCUGCCCUGUGAUCAUCUCCUGUGCGGCCCGUGUUUGAGACACAGAAACACGUCUGAUCCACAGAAAACAACGAUUAACUGUCCGGCAUGCGGAUCAUCAGCUUCAUCCAGAGACAUUACACGAGUUCAUCACUGAAUCUGCCUGUGUGCUUAUUUUUGUGUGUGUUGUAUUCAUUAAACAAAAUUGAGAAGCAGCA